AUGGCGGCUGAGGCACAUCCAGGCCCAGGGCCAACUCGGUCCCCUUUGGGCGGCCCCAGUGCGCCCCAGCGAUGGCUGCGGUUUCCUCGGCCGCCGCCCAUUCUGUUGCUGGCCCUGCUGGUGCUGGGGGCCGCCGGGCACAAGCUGAACGUGCCCCAUGUCCUGCUGCCCUUCAGCCAGGAGCCGGGCAGGGUGCCCUUCGUCCUGGAGGCCGAAAGGGGAUGUUAUAUCUGGCGUUCCACCCACCACGACGUGGUCACCGUCCAGCCCCUGUACCCCAACGGGACCGCCUGCUCCCCGCGGGCCACGCUCUUCGCCGAGUCCACCCGGCCCACGCGCCUCAGCAGCAGCAUCCUCGCCCGCGACGUCGUGACGGACCACGAGCUGCGCUGCGACGUCAAGGUGGACGUGAUCGCCGGCAUCGAGAUCGUGUCCCGCACCCGGGAGCUCUACGUGGACGACGCGCCGCUGGAGCUGGCCGUGCGAGCGCUGGAUGCCGAAGGAAACACGUUCAGCAGCCUGGCAGGGAUGGCAUUCGACUGGAGCCUGGCACGGGACGACGAGUCGGAAAGCGUGGAACUGUCCAGUAGGAUCCGGGUCCUGAGGUACUCGGAGGCGGAGUACUCGCCCCCGGACUACAUCGCCCAGAUGGAGACGGCCGAGAAGCAGGGCGACAGGAUCCUGGUGUCCGGAAUCAGCACCGGGGCCGCCGUGCUCAAGGUCCGCGUCCACGAACCCUUCUACAAGAACCUGGCCGCGGCGUCGAUCCGCCUGCUGGUGCUGGAGAACGUCUUCCUCAUCCCGGCCCACGACGUCUUCCUCUUGGUGGGCGCCUCCAUCCACUACCGCGUGGCCAGAGUCGUCCAGGGCAAGAUGACGGAGGUGGCAUUUCCCCUGGAACACUACGAGCUGGUGCUGCAGAACCACAUUGCGAUGCCCAGCGGCGGGGGGGACGGGCCGGUGGCCCGGCUGGACGAGCGGAGUGCCACCGUGACGGCCGUCCAGCUGGGCCGGGCCAACCUCGUCUUCAUCCACAAGAGUGUCCACAUGCGGGCCGUAUCCGGCCUGCCCAACUGCAGCCUGCACGUGGUGGAGGCCGGAUUCCUAGGGUUCACCGUCCAUCCCGGGGACCGCUGGAGUCUGGAAGUGGGUCAGACGUAUGUGGUGACGGUGGAGGUGUACGAUAAAAGCAGCAUGAAAGUCUACAUGUCCGAUAACCUGCGCGUGGCCCACCGCUUCCCCGAGGUCUUCUUCAACGAGCUGAUGUCCACCGCCAACGGCUCCUUCCACGUGGUCAGGGCCCUGCGGGACGGCAUCACCCUCAUCACCGCCUCCCUUACCGCCAUCGAAAGCCCGGGGGGUGCGUCCAGGGUCUUCGCCGUCCCCAUCAGCCACGAGCAGGAGGUGAAGAUCUACUUACCCAUCAAGCUGUCGCCCGCCUUCCUGGCGUUCCCUCACCACCCGGCCACCGUCGCCUACCGGUACCGAGUGCAGGUAGAGGGUGGCAGCGGGAACUUCACGUGGACGUCCUCCAACGAGACGGUGGCCACGGUGACCGUCAAAGGGAUCGUCGUGGCCGGGCCGGUCCAGGGGAACAGCAGCGUCCAGGCCCGGGACAUCCAGAACCCCUUCCGCUACGGGGAGAUCGGGGUACUGGUGCUCCCGCUGAGCAAGCUGGAACUGCAGCCGUUCCACGCCGACGUGGCGGUCGGCCACGCGAUCGACAUCCCCGUGGCCAUGUUCCACACCGACCGGGCCACCCGGGAGAGCCUGGCCUUCACCGACUGCUCCCUCCUGGCCCUGGACGUCAGCACGGACAAGCGGGGCGUCUUCACGGUCCUCCGGGAGGGAGCCCCGAAGCCUGGUCCGACAGCCUGCUCCAGCGCUCAGAUCACAGCCGAGGCCCUGGGCCACACACUGGUCACGGUCAGCGUCCACCUGCACCAGGACCACUUCGAGGGCAGUGCCACCUUCGCUGCCUACGAGCCCCUGAAGGCGGUGAACCCGGUGGCCUUGGCGCUGGUGGCGUGGCACUCUUCCAAGGAGGUGGUGUUCGAAGGCGGGCCGGGCCCUUGGGUCCUGGAGCCGUCCCGCUUCUUCCUGGAGCUGAGCGCCGAGCGGCCCGAGUGGAUCGGCGUGGUGCCCGGCGGGCGGGCGGCCCGGCGGAAGCAGAACCAGUACACCUACUGGGUUCACUGCCUGCAGCUGGGGGAGCAGAUGCUGAUGUUCCGCGUGGGGAACCACCCGGGCGUCCUGAACCCCCACCCGGCCGUGGAGACGGUGCAGGUGGUCUUCGUGUGCGCCCACCCGGCCAGCCUGGCCGUCAGCCCCGUGUACCGGGUGCCGGCCGGAGCCCGGCCCUGCCCUCUGCCGCAGCACAACAAGCAGCUGGUGCCCGUGUCCAGCCUGCGGGACACCGUCCUGGAGCUGACCGCGCUCGACCGGCAUCGCAGGAAGUUCGACAACUUCAGCUCCCUGCUCGUGGACUGGGGGUCUUCCAACCGGACGCUCGCCCACUUUGAGCCCGACGAGCCCAUGGCCGUGGUGGCCAAGGGGGACGGCAGUGGCCAGACCAGGCUGCACGGUCACCGGGUCCUGAGGACCCACCGGCUCAAGGGGACGCUUUUCGUCAGAGUCGGCCUGCACGGCUACCGAGAGGACGACGGCACCUACAGCGUCGCCGACCUGCCGGCGUCCGUGACGGUGGAGCUUCUGCUGGUGGAGGACGUGACCGUCGUCCCGGAGAACGCCACCAUCUACAACCACCCGGACGUCAAGGAGACGUUUGCCCUCGUGGAAGGGUCGGGCUACUUCCUGGUCACCAGCCGCGAGCAGGAGGUCGUGGCCGUCACCUACCGGGAGCCCGACAGCUUCAUCCAGGUGGUGCCGAUCCAGUCCGGCUUGGUGACGUUGGAGGUGUACGACCUGUGCCUGGCCUUCCUGGGACCCGCCCGGGUCCAGCUGAGCGUGGUCAACGUACACGAGCUGGAGGUGGACGUCAUCGGCAAGGUGGAGGUCGGAAAGUCGGUGCCGGUGAGGGUCCGGGUCCUGGGCCGCCCCAAGCAGCCCUUCCAGAAGAAAUACUUCCGCCACAUGGAGCUCGGGCUGCAGCUGGCCUCCGCCAUCGUCACCCUGACACCCAUGGAGGAGGAGGACGAGUGGACCGAGACCCACCUCCUCCGGGCCCUCACCGUCGGGCAGACCACGCUGGUGGCCGUCGCCAGGGACAAGGCGGGCAGGAAGUUGACAUCUGCCCCGCACCAGAUCGAAGUAUUCCCUCCUUUCCGGCUCAUCCCCGAGAAGAUCACCCUCAUUCCCACCAACAUGGUGCAGGUGAUGUGCGAGGGCGGCCCCCAGCCCCAGUCCCUCAUCGACUUCACCGUCAGCAACAAGACCGUCGCCCUGGUGAACCGCGGGGGACAGGUGACGGCGCAGGCGGUGGGCACCGCCGUGAUCCACGGCACCAUCCAGACGGUCAACGAGGACACCGGCCUGGUCACCGUGUUCUCCCAGGACGAGGUCGAGGUGGAAGUCGUCCAGCUGCGGGCCAUCAGGAUCCUGGCGGCCACCACCCGGCUCGUCACCGACACCGAGAUGCCGGUCUACGUCAUGGGGCUGGGCAGCGCCCAGACGCCCUUCUCUUUCGGCAACGCCAACCCCGGGCUCACGUUUCACUGGGCCGUGAGCAAGAGGGACGUCCUGGACCUGGAGCCCAGGCAGGCAGAGGCGGGCCUGGAGCCUCCGGCCCAGGUGAGCUUCGCCGCGGUGGUGCGCACGCGGGCCGCCGGCCGGACCAACAUCCGCGUCACCGUGCGCUGCCCCUCCGCCACCGCCUCCGCCUCCACUCCCGCCUGCGCCGCCGCCACCUCCCAGCUGGACGGAGGCCUGCUCCAGUUCUCGGACGAGGUGCAGAUCCUGGUGUUUGAGAAGCUCCAGCUGCUGUGUCCUGAGUGUCCAACCGAGAGGGUCCUCAUGUCCAUGAACUCACAGUUCCAGCUGCACACCAACAGGGAAGGAGCCGCCGUCGUGAGCUCCCGCGUCCUCAAGUGCUUCCCGAACUCGUCCGUCAUCGAGGAGGACGGCCGGGGCCUCCUGCGGGCCGGGGCCGUGGCGGGCUCCGCCGUCCUGGAGGUCACCUCGCGGGAGCCGUUCGGGGUCAACCAGACGGCCAUCACCGGCGUCCAGGUGGCUCCGGUGACUUACCUGUGGAUCAGCACCAGCCCCGGCCUGUUCACGGCCCCGGGCAAGAGGCUGGCGGCCUUCCCCCUUGGCGCGGCCCUCACCUUCACCGUCCACCUGUACGACGGCUUGGGAGAGCGCUUCCACACGCACAGCGCCCAGCUCCGCCUGGCCCUCAACAGGGAUGACCUCCUGCUCAUCGGUCCGGGCAACAAGAACCACACGUACGUGGCCCAGGCGGUCAACCGGGGCGUGACGCUGCUGGCGGUGUGGGACCCGCGCCAUCCGGGCCUGGCCGACUACGUCCCCGUGCCCGUGGAGCGCGCCAUCGAGCCCGACGCCCGGCUCUCCGUGGUCGGCGACGUCGUCUGCUUCGGCACCCACCUGGUCGGCCGGGGAGGCGAGCCCGGGCUCUGGGUGGUCUCACCGGACAACAUCCUCCAACUGGACACGCUGACCGGAGCGGCCGUGGCCCGCGGCCACGGCACGGCCACCGUCUUCUACGAAAUCCCGGGCCUCGUGCGCACCUACCAGGAGGUGGUGGUCAACGCGUCCUCGCGGCUCACGCUCAGCUACGACCCCAGGACCUUCCUCACCAACGCGCCCGACUCCGGCGACUUCAGGCUCCUCAUCGGCACCAGCCGGCGAGGAUCCAACCUGAGAGGGUCCUGCAGCCCGCUCCAGGAGGCGGCCAUCAAGGCCCUGCUGCUCCCCCAGACCCUCGUCCUCUGCCACGUGCAAUUCAGCAACACGCUGAUGGACAUCCCGGCCAGCCAGGUCUUCCACGUCCGCGCCAACUUCAGCGUCCGGCGAGGGCUGUACGAGUGCUUGGUGGGCACCCGGCCGCGGGCGGAGGAGCUGCUGCAGCCGCUGAGCGUGGCGGACACGGCGGUGUACACCUGGGUCUCGCUGUCCGGCCCGCGCGGGCCCGGCGGCUCCCAGAGGCUCCUGGUCCCCUUCGUCCCCGCUUUCUUCGUCAACCGGUCGGAGCUGCGGCUCAGUCGGGCCCACCCCGCGGCCGAAGUGCGGGUCCUGGGCGUCGACAGGGUGCUGGACAAGCUGGAGGUCUCGGCCAGCUCGCCGGUGGUGGUGGUCCAGCGGCGGGGCCGCUCUGCGACCGUGCCCGGCCAGGCCGUCUACACCGUCCGCGUGGUCAACGUCACGUCGCUCCGUCAGAUGGCGGCCCCCGUCUUCGUCAACGUCUCCUGCCCGCUCACCCGGCAGCGGGCGGCCGUGCCCGUGCGGGCCGUCAGGGAGGAGGCCACCGUGGGUCACUGCGAGGAUGCGGGCAUGGUCCAGCAGCUGGUCGGCUCCUACCAAAUCCUCCUCUUCACCCUGUUUGCUGUACUGGCCUCCACCGCGGUCAUCUUCCUCACGUACAACGCCUUCCUCAACAGAGUGCAGACGGUACCCGUGGUGUACGUGCCCACCCCGGCCUCGGGCCAGACAGGCUACCCGUACCCGUCCGGCGGGCCGUACAUGAGCCCCCAGCCGCCCCUGGCCCAGAGCCGGCUGCAGCACUGGCUGUGGAGCGUGCGCCGCUGACCACCUCAAUAAACCGGGCCGAGCGCCGGGGGGAGGGUGGCGGGGCCGUGGCCCGCGGCCCCCUCCCCACCGCAGACCAACCACGUCA